AUGAGUGUUUUCCUACAUGAGAAUUCAAUAAGAAACAUCGGAAGUAAAAACCAAUCAACCAGGAUUACUGAAUUCUUACUGCUGGGGCUAACAGACAACAGUACAAUUCAGCUGUUCCUAUUUGUGUUCUUCUUGGUGGUUUAUUUAAUCACAGUACUAGGAAACUGUUUAAUGAUUACGGCAAUUACCCUUUCUCCCUCUCUUUACUCUCCUAUGUACUUCUUCCUACGUAUUCUCUCUUUUGUUGACAUAUGUUAUACCACUUCCACUGUGCCAAAACUGCUGAUGGACUUUUUAUCAGAAGUGAAACGAAUAUCUUUUAUGGGAUGUGUGGCACAACUGUAUUCAUUUAUAUCUUGUGGGGGCAUUGAAUGUAUUAUUCUUGCUGUCAUGGCAGGUGACCGUUAUGUGGCCAUUUGUAUGCCCUUGCGUUACACUGAAAUAAUGAGUUGGAAAUUGUGUAUGUUGCUAGGAUCAAUAUGCUGGGUUAUUGGCCUUCUUAAUUCCCUUACUCACACCAUUUUCACAUUCCGAUUGCCCUUCUGCAAAUCUCAUUCUAUCAACCACUUCUUCUGUGACAUUCCACCUCUCCUUGCUCUAUCCUGUGCUGAUACUACUGCUAAUAAAAUUGCAAUAUAUACUGUAGGGGUCUUAGUAAGUAUCGGGUCUUUUUUGAUGACCCUUAUAUCAUAUAUCUUCAUAGUCACGACAAUUGUAAAGAUUAAGACAAUGUCAGGAAGACUUAAAGCCUUCUCCACUUGUGCUUCUCACUUAACAGUGGUUAUACUUUACUUUGGGACGAUUGCUUUUACUUACAUUCGUCCAAUAUCUAAAUAUUCACUUGACCAAGGCAGGGUGGCUCCUGUUCUUUAUGGAAUUAUGACCCCCAUGUUGAAUCCUGUAAUAUACAGCUUUAGGAAUAAGGAGGUUCAAGGAUCCAUACAGAAGAUAUUUCGAAAGAAUUUUGGCAUCUGCUAA